AAGUAUAAAGAAAAACUUAUAACGAAAAAUUGUGAUUGUUAAGAUUUUGCGUCAGCGAAAAAGAAACGAAACUUUUGUUAUCUGAAUCGAUUAUAAGCUUUGCAUAUAUUAGGCUAAUAACUGAAUAGUUAACUAGAAGGCCCGUGGAAUAAAUAAGUGAUACAAAGGAUGUGGUCAUUUUUUUCAAGAGACUCUACCAAGGAUUUUCCUUACGAAAUAGGAGAACCUGUGCAGCAGUUUGAUUCCCGUAGCAUCUGGUCGCUGCACCAUGGAAAACGGAAAGGAGCAAGUAACGAUGAAGUGUCUGUGUUUGUAUACGAUAUCAAAAAUGGAACAGAUGUUAAGUUGGAAUUGGCCAAGGCAGCAGUCAAAAGAUUAAAAACACUGCGCCAUCCCAGCAUUCUACAGUUUCUUGAUAGUUUAGAAACUGACAAAGUGUUAUACGUGGCUACCGAACAAGUGGAACCGCUCGGAACGUAUUUUGAGAAAUUAACUGGAGAGGGUCCUCAGAAAGAAUUAUCUCUAGCUUGGGGUAUUUUUCAGAUUACGCGAGCAUUGUCUUUUCUCAACAAUGACGGAAACUUACGCCACAACAAUGUGUCUGCCUGGUCAGUAUUCGUUAAUGGUAGUGGAGAAUGGAAGCUUGGUGGAUUGGAGUACGUUUCUUCCACAGAUCUAUCAGCGGCACCACCCAUAAAAAUACCACCAGCGUUAGAAAUCUACGAUCCUCCCGAGAAAAAUGACUCUAACAAACUGAAAACUUCAACUAAAUGUUCCACAGAUAUGUGGGGUCUGGGAUGCCUGGUAUGGGAAUCAUUCAACGGUCCUUUGAAAGCACGAGGCAAUCUGAAAGAGUUGGCAACUAUUCCAAAAUCGCUAGCACCGUUGUAUUGUGAAUUAGUAGGGGCAUCUCCUGCAAACCGCCCAAAUCCUGCAGAUGUGAUAACCAAAUGUCGCAAGCCUGGAGGCUUCUUCAAAAACGAUCUGGUCGAUACCUUGCUAUUCUUAGAAGAAAUUCAGAUAAAGGAUAAAACUGAAAAGAAUCGAUUCUUUAGCGGACUUACGCCUCAGUUGGAUAUUUUUCCUGACAAUGUGUGCAAAAAUAAAAUUCUCCCACAACUCAUUACGGCCUAUGAAUAUGGUGAUGCAGGUUCAGCGGUGCUAGCACCUAUGUUCAAGCUUGGAAGGCUACUUGACGAAACAGAAUAUCAGAAGCGAAUAGUGCCAUGCGUUGUUAAACUUUUCGCUUCGACUGAUCGGGUUACGCGGUCUCGUUUACUUCAACAACUGGAGCUGUUUAUCAGUCACCUUCAGACGGGUGUAGUCAAUGAUCAAAUCUUUCCACAAAUUGCUCAUGGUUUUCUGGAUACUAACCCGACAAUAAGGGAGCAAACCGUUAAAUCAAUCAUACAUUUAGCACCAAAACUUAACUACAACAAUUUGAAUGUAGAAGUUCUGCGACAUUUUGCACGAUUGCAGUCUCGCGAUGAUCAAGGAGGAAUUCGGACUAAUACUACGGUUUGUUUGGGAAAAAUUGCCCCACAUCUACAUCCGCAAGUGCGUCAGCGUGUUCUAGUGUCUGCAUUUAUACGAGCUAUGCGAGAUCCAUUUCCUCCAGCUAGAGUUGCUGGGAUUCUUGCACUAGCUGCCACUCAGCAGUACUUUUUGCUGGCUGAGGUUGCAAAUCGUAUACUGCCAGCGCUUUGUCCUUUGACAGCGGAUCCCGAAAAAACUGUGAGAGAUCCAGCAUUUAGAACGAUACGUGGUUUUCUGGGUAAAUUAGAAAAAGUCAGCGAAGAUCCUAGUUUGCGAGAGAGCAUGGAGGCCGAUGUUCAUACAGCUACGCCUUCACUAGGUAAUGCGGCAGCCACUUGGGCUGGUUGGGCAGUAACCGCAGUAACAGCCAAAUUCUAUAGAAGUCAAAGCGACACAGCCCGGCCUCGACCACCAUUAACUGGUAAAAAUUUGAGUAAACCUGCUUCGCUGGAACAACCAUCAAGCAGUAGUAUUUCAACGACAACUAGCAGCGUAACAUCAAUGACUUCGUUAGAACAUGAAAGUGCGGAUACUUCAGCAUCGGCCAGCGAUUACGGGCCAGAUAAUUGGGAGCAAGAAAAUUGGGGUGAAAUGGAUACUUCCCAAGAUCCCAGCAGCCCAAUGGCUGGUACAUCAAACCCUCUAACCGCAAGUCUAAAUAUGAUAGGCUCUAUGCAUGAUACCAGAGACGGAUGGGAUAACGAAGAUUGGGGUAGCUUAGAAGAAGAACCGAAUGAAGAUCUAGAUGAGAAUGAUGAAGACGAAUUGCAUCGAACGCAGCAAAAGCAAUUGCAACAACACAAUCAAUCGUCACCGGCGACCGCAUCGUCAACGAAUUCGAGUAACACAGCUUCCACUUCUACUUCAAUUCCUACAGCUAGUAUCAACAAUGCCAACAACAAUUUACCCAAUCAUCACAAUACUAGCAGUCCUAGCAAAAUGCUUGCGCUCAAAAAUAUGACUAAUAUAAUUAACAACACAACUAAUAAUUCCAAUUCGAAUUGGAAUAACGCGAGUGGAGAUGGUUGGACUGAUGGAGAUUUCGAGCCUAUUGAUGAACCCAGCACAGGCAAUCCUAAACUUGAUGAAGCUCGACGAAAGCGCGAAGAGAAGAAAAUGCAACGCCAACGUGAGCUGGAAGCCCGACGCGCAGCACGGAGUGCUGCAGGUGCUGGUAGUUCAAGCGGUGGGCCAAUGAAGCUGGGCACAAAAAAGAUUCAACUUGACUGAGUAAACGAAGCCGGUGGUGACGAAGAGCAGGUACAUGAAGAAUAAGCGCGUGAACUGCAAAUUUCUUACUAAAGAAAUUGUAAUAGCAUUUGUUAUGAUAUGAACUCUUGUGAAAGAUUUGUCUAGGAAUGAUGAGCUGGUUCCAACGAUUCUGUGUUAAUUGUGCAAUCCAUUGGAACUGAAAACCGCCUUUUGGAAGCAACUUGAAAAACUUUUGCAAUGGACAUUCCGUUCAUAGGACAUUGCACGUUAAAAAUUUAAACAGGGUUUGUGCAGAGUGUCGCUAAAGUUGUAUUGGCUCCCACCAGAGAGCAUUGUCAUCACCUUAUAUUAGCUUUAAAUAGUGAAAUAAAAAAUAGGAAGUUAUUUGUAACAAACGGUGAGGAGAUGUAAUAUCAAUAUUAACCACGGACGCAAUUAGGGAAAAUGUAUAUAACACCUGCUCGCUAAUGAAAUAGGCUUAAUAAUUUGCAUUUUGCCAACUGUUAAGUAUGUACAGUUUUGUUCACAUGAAUCCUAAAAGUCAACAUUUUACAUGCAAAAUCCCCCGCUAUUGUCCUACGAUUGAAGGAUUUUUUUGUUCUGAAAAUGAUUUCAAGAGUAUCUAUUUCGCAGUAAAGUUUAUUUGAUCUAGUAGUCGAUUUCCCACUAAAAUUGUAUUAACGGGAAAAUUUUUAAUUUUGUUUUUCAAGUAAACAAUAUUUCCUAUGCAAACGGUUUUUUAUUGAUUAUACUGCCUAUAAUCGCGUAUCAGUCCCAUCUGGAAAAUCAUCCAGUUGAGGAAAACAGCGCUUGAGGAUAUUUUGCCAAAUACGUGUGCAAAGUUACAUUCAAAUCAAAAAUGGUCUGAUUAGUUUUUGCGAAAUUCCAGAUCGUUUGGCAUGGGAGCUUGAUUUUUUUACUACGCGCCAUUGUGUUUGUUAUUCGUUGGCACAUAUACGAUAAGUUAUAACAAGUUACAUGUAUAUAUUGUGUAGUUGGUUUUCCAUCGAAUUACGUCCAUGUAAUUAUAUAGAAAUUAGCGAACAAAUGCUAUAUAUAUCUCCCUGAAAAGCAAAAGAAUGAGUAUAAUUGAUAAAAAGAAAAUCUGCAGAAAUGCAGACUCUAUCAGCAGAGUUAUGUGCGAUUUUGAAUUUAGACAAUGGUCUUAAAGUAUAAAUUGCAAAAUAGACUUUAGAAAAAUCCUCUAGAUAGGUCAAAAUCUUAAUUAACAAUAGCUAGUGAGAAACUUAAUAAAAUCAGCUGCACCUUAGUAGAUUUUAAAAUCACCUUUACACACCCAUGUCAGUUUGUAAAAAGUAUAAGGAUACAAAGCGCAAAUAGUACGAAGUGUGUGGGUAAUUCACUGAAAUGAAAAAUUUAUCCUUAUAACUUCCUUUUGAAAUGCUAAAAACCAAUCUUUAUAUCUGCAUAUCUCAUUGAUUUACACCUGAAUCUAGAUUUAUGUGAUAUAUUAGGGUGACGAUAUGGGAUAAUUCCGUGAUUGUUGACAUUUCAAUUCCAGUCCCUGUCUAAACGUUUUCGUACUCUUACAUAUCUAAACGUCGCCGUCUAAUCGUAAUAUUUGAGUAACGACGCCCCUACAUGAAAGAGUAUGACGUGCAACUUUUUCCAGACAUUUGGGAUACUCUAUUAUACAAAAUUAACAAUAUACAUGAAAUUUCAAAAGACAAGAAAUCAAAAUUUUUAUGAGUUCCACUAACUGUUUUUUGUCAAAUAAAACUGACUCAUACAAAAACCCUUAUCUAUACUUAUGAACGAAAUGUUAAAACGCUGGUUUUGUUCCGUUGUAGAGUUGAGUGAAACUUUGCUACAUGGGGUUGCAUUUUGCAUUGGUAGUGAAUCACUACUAGUGAUGUUUACUUCAAUAAUAGUUUUCAGAAAGUUGCUAACAACAGUUGAAUAAUUUAUUACUACAAACCUCAUCUUUCAAAAACUAGAAAUCCAAGUGAACCUUCUAGGUAAAAAGACACCAAAAGAAAAAGUUCAUUAUAAUUCUAUGAAAAAACUCAUAUGCUGCUAUGCUGCCCAUGUGCUAUGUGAAUUUUCGUAACUUUUGUGAAAAACCUAAGAAACUUCUUCACAUUACGUGUACUCUCAAAAAAUCACAAGAAAAAGCUACAUUUGUUGCUAGAAUGGCGGAAAAAAAUAUAAAACCUUACUUGAUAAGGUAGGUAAUUAGUUAUUUUAAAUUGUUAAUUUUCAGAAAAUACUUUCUCGGUCGUUUAUCUGGAUACGCUUUGCGCUCAUAUGAACGGGUUAGGGACCAUCCACAUAUCACGUGGACAGCUACGGGGGGUCUAUGUAAUGUCCACGGUCCAUACAAAUUUUUUAUAAUUUAUAUGGACAGUUGUCCACGGAGGGGGAGGGGGGGGGGUCAAAAUCGUUAAAAAUUUGUGGAAUGUGGAUGGCCCCUUACAGGUUUAACCGAUCAAAUUUUGGAUUGCGCAAAUUGAACUCAAUGAACUCGGACAACUUCCUUGCCAUACAAAUAUUGUCACCCUAAUGAUCAUUUAAAAAAAAAUGCUUUCCUGUUCCAAACUAGUUCGUUCUUAAUCGAAUGUCCUGAUUUAAUUAGUUACUAACAUAUCGUAGACUACAUAGAUAUCGCCUGGAAUAUUUCGUUACUUGGAAUACUUUGUUUAUGCAUACGUGCAAUGUUUGCUGUACAGUAGAAAUGCCAUUAAAACUAUUAUUUCCUAGCUGAAAGGCAGUGUUUAGAAGAGUACUGGCGCCGGAGGCAUGAGUGUCACUAUGGAGCCGCAUAACAAAUGUGACACUUAUGCUUCUAGCAGCAGGAUAGUUCUUGAUAAAAUUCAGAAUCUCUUCGACUAUAAAAUUUUUCCCAUCAAUAUAAGUCCUGAAUUUGUUCUUCGGAUCAUGAAGCUGGUCGACGACCAAUUGCAGAACUACAGUAUAUUGUUUUAAAUUCCCAUUCACAUUCACUGUAUCCGUUGCCACUUUGUAACAAGUUUCUGAUAUAAAUUUCAAGGUUAAAAACCUGUCUUGUCCAAACCAUGCCAAACCAAGAACUAGUCAUCAAUUGCUUCUAUCACCUUAGUGCGAGAAUACUAUCGAUCGAAAAAACGUAAUAUGAAGGGAUAAAAAUUGCCUUUUUUACAUCCAACAUUACACUUAAAAAAUAGACUACACUUUAAAAGGUAAUCGAAUUGACAGUAUAACUCUUUUUGUAAUAAUUGAAUGUAUGUAAAAAAAUAAACAGGUGAAUCAUCUUUCCCCAUAAAAGUUAUUUGAUCUUGCAAAAAGUAGAAUACUCUUGUCCCAAGUUUAAGCUCUACCAAUGAGUGACCAAAUCAAACUUGGAAAGCUACUAUAUCAUGCGAUAUAGUUAACAAACCGGAAAUCGAUAAAUCGUUCUAGGCAAAAAUCACGAAAUUUAUGAUAUAAUUGUUGAAUAAAAGAACUGAGUCCGCGUUUUUGUAUCUCCAAAAUUAAACCGAAAAAAAGUUGAUUAAAAACCAACCGAGAUCCAGAAAGUAAAAAUGAAAUGAAGUAUAUACCUGCAGGAUAAAGUGGAACUUUGCCGCCGGUAACAUAGGAAAGUUGUUCGAUUGAGCAACUGUGAGGAUAUUAUUUUUGUGUCGAGUAUUUUUCUAGAGCGAACGACCAGAUACCAGGAAACUAUGCAGACUUUUAUUGUAUAAUAAAAUUGGUUAAAUCCGUGGAUUA